GUGUCUUUAUUUACGGCAAGUCAUCGUCAUUCUCGAAAGCAAGCAAAAGUAAAACAUCAUUGAAGCCACGAAAAAUUAUUAAAAACACAGAAUGGAAACUCUUUUGGGAAUCAAGGGACCUGACUUUGUUAUGCUAGCAGCAGAUACAACCCACGCAAACUCUGUAAUCGUGAUGAAAGAAGAUGAGAACAAAAUCCAUAAGGUUGCGGAUAACUUGUUGAUCUCGACCGUUGGCGAGUCGGGUGACACCGAGCAGUUCACAGAGUUUAUUGCUAAGAACAUUGCGCUAUAUAAAAUGCGCAAUGGCUAUGAUUUAAGUCCUCAUUCUGCGGCACAUUUCACGCGUAAAAAUCUUGCUGAAAGCCUGCGAAGCCGCACCCGCUACCAGGUGUUUAUGUUUGUCGCUGGUUAUGAUCCCAAAGAGGGACCCGAGCUGACUUUCAUCGACUACUUGGCGACCUCACAUUCGUUGAACUAUGGAGGCCAUGGCUACGGCAGCAUGUUCUGCGCCAGCAUUUUUGAUCGCUAUUGGCACGCCAACAUUACGCAGGAGGAGGCAUACGAUGUUUUGAAGAAGUGUGUGCUGGAAAUACAAAAGCGUCUGAUUAUUAACCUCAAGAACUUCAAUGUGUCUGUUGUGGAUGCUAAUGGUGUGCGUAACUUGGAACAGAUUAGUGCCAAGAGCUUAACCGAUUAUAACGCUGCCCAGUCGGCUUAAUGUAAGCAUUUAAAAUGCAUAAAUAAGUAAAGUUAUAAUAAAAACGGAUUUUUGGUAAAACAAAUA